AUGUCGCUCUUAGGCAGAAUGAAGGAGACAUAUGACUAUAUAUUUUAUGAUCUUUGUGAUCCAAGGACCAGAGAUUGGUCUCCAUCUCCUGUAGCGGUAUACACAAUCAUUCCAUUGUACUUAUAUUUCUGUAACAAAUUGGGUCCACAACUUAUGAAAGAUCAAAAACCGUUUAAGUUAAAAAGGCUCAUAAUGAUUUAUAAUAUAUUCCAAAUAAUUGCCAGCGGCUAUAUAGUUUAUUUGGGCCUAUACAGUGGUUGGUUUACUACAUACAGUUGGACGUGCCAGCCUGUAGAUGAGACUGACAACCCUACAUCUCGAACGAUGCACAAAGCGUUCUGGACAUACACCGUUGUUAAGUUCAUCGACAUGCUUGACACAGUUUUCUUCGUUUUAAGAAAAAAAGACAGGCAAAUAUCUUUCCUGCAUCUUUUCCAUCAUUCUAUGAUGCCCCUUGCAUCGUAUAUUGGACUCAAAUACUACCCCAAUGGCCACGCAACUCUGCUCGGCCUCAUAAAUAGUUUUGUCCACGUAGUGAUGUAUACUUACUACCUCAUCGCAGGCCUUGGUCCUAAGUACCAGAAAUAUAUCUGGUGGAAGAAGCAUCUCACUACUAUGCAGUUGGUCCAGUUCGCCACAAUCUUCCUUCACAAUCUGUCUGCUCUAUACGAAAACUGCGGUUAUCCAAGAUGGAUCUCCACUAUCCUCUGUGUUCAUAGUCUACAAUUCCUUUACAUGUUCGGCAAUUUCUACUACAUGUCCUAUGUUAAAGAAAAUAAAUCAAACUCCAAUGGAAAUCUCAAAAAUGGCACUAGUAAAGUCAAGGCUAAUUAA